CGGGAGCGAGAGUGCGACAGAGAGGGCGAGACGCGCGAGCGUGCGGAGCGGGCGACCUUUGAAUAACCGACGCGUACGUUUAUUAUUAUGUGAUCGCGGCUUGCGGGCGGGUUGACGGCGCGCAACAAGGUGGACGACGGGCGUGCGAGCCGAGGGAAAGAUGCGGAGCAGCGACGUUUUCUGCUACCUCAUCGUGGCGACUCUCGCCGUUCUGCCGACGCUCGGCCGCGCAGAGAGCGAUGACAAACCGCACGCGAAGAGGACGUGCAACACCUCGGACCUCAGCGAGCAGUGCGGCAAGAAUCAGAGGUGCUACCAGGGCAGCGACGGCCAGCAGUUCUGCGACUGCCAACGAGAUUUUUAUUUUGCUCACGGCGAGUGUAUUAAAAUCACAUCCACGACGGCGACCGUCGACGUUACCACCCUCAAGCCAGAGCAGAGGUCCGAGUCAGGAGGUAGCUCCGUGGCCGCCGGUCUGCUAAUACCCACCUUCCUCAUAGUAGUCGGUGUACUACUGUACUUCGGCGCGAGACGGUACAAAUGGCUACAACGAUUUCGGCAGUACCGUCACAAUCGGUACGGCAAUGUCAUAGUGACGAGAGACGAUGACGACGACGACGACCCACCGAUAGCGUAAAAUGAUAAGUAGAAUGCGAGGGAGAAUUUGUAGGGACGCACAGGCCGCGUGUACCAAACGUGAUCGAACUUGAACUAGGUGCGAUGUAUGCUUGUCUGCCGAUAGAACGUAUGUAAUUCGAGGCUGUAGCGGUCUUGUGACGUGGGAAUACAUGCACAUAUAUAUAUAUUCGGUCGGCGACGCUUGUUUGAUUCCCUUGGGAAUCGUCACUGUGCAAUUCCGUGCGGGUAUCAGCAGGGAAGUACAGGUGUUAGGAGAAGCGAGGGACGAAAAUGAAUUAAGAGGCCAAAUGUAAAGAUGCACUUGCCCGAGUAAUUAUGCUUUUACAUUUAAUACAAUGUAUACUCAUAUAAUAUAUUAUAUAUCGACUAUAUAUCGAAAUUAUAUCAUUUCAAUAUACGUUAAAUAUAUAAUAAAAAUAUCUAAUUGUGGCGGCCUACGGCAGCCACAGGGCGCCGCGCCGUAAGGCACGCGCCUGAACACCGCGGAGUACGGUAGUUCGCGGCGCUACCGAUAGGUGGCGAGGCGCGUGGGCGACAAACCUGCAGUCAAGAUUUGGGCAACUCUAGGAUAAAAGGAGGACCCCCGCGAAUUUUAAUCAGAUCUCUCGUAUUAAUCUAUCCAAUUUUAUUGCAAUUUUAUCCUAUCUACGUAGAAGUAUUUGCGUUUUCCUCUUGUUUAUUCUCCAGGGAGAAUAAAGGAAAACGGGAAUACUUCUACGUAGAUAGGAUAAAACAUGGUGGAAAUACAUAAGUGCUCGUUACCGAUACCAAUUUUCGUCCGGUUCUGCGCAGCUCCCAAGCGUCUCCAUUUUAAGUCGAUAUAUCGAUACCUGGGAAUCUGCAACGGUGUCUAUAUUGUCUAUAUUUAUGGGUUGCUAUAGCAACCCAUAGAAUGGACACCAGACUCCUACAUUUAAAAAAUAUACUUUGUCAAUAAAUAUAUAUGGAAACUGAAAUUAAAAAAUAAUCGUUGCGCGAAAACGUAUAAAAUACAUAUUACUCUUUGCUCUUUAUAUUUCCACACAAUAAAUGCACUAGAUAUAUGACUUUAUAACUGCUUAUAGAACGCUCGAUUUGAUUUAACCGCCACAAUAUGGACACCGUUGGGAGCAACUUCUCAUUGGCUGUUCAAAACGAUGCGCAAGAGCACACCUUAUGUAUUUCCACCAUGGGAUAAAAUUGCAAUAAAAUUGGAUAGAUUAAUACGAGAGAUCUGAUUAAAAUUCGCGGGGGUCCUCCUUUUAUCCUAGAGUUGCCCAAAUCUUGACUGCAGGUUUGUCGCCCACGCGCCUCGCCACCUAUCGGUGCCCUGUGGCUGCCGUAGGCCGCCACAAUUAGAUAUUUUUAUUAUAUAUUUAACGUAUAUUGAAAUGAUAUAAUUUCGAUAUAUAGUCGAUAUAUAUAAUAUAUAUUAUAUAUACAUAUAAUAUAUUAUAUGAGUAUAUAUUGUAAUUGUAUACUUAUGAAAUUUAAUCCAUCUGUAUCCAUCGUGGACGUAAAAGCAUUGUUACUCUCACGCUAGUUGCCGAAUCUAUAUUUAUAUGUGAUGGUUGUAAGGAAUAUGAGACAUACUGGACUAUGUUUAUGAUAAUUCUAAGCAUUCACUGAGAGCAUAAUUUUUUACAUUGAUAUUAAUAAGCUGGUCAGUAAAUCUUACUAUUAUUAAUAAGUGUAUAAUAAUCAGGUGAUCGUUUUUUCAACAUCAUCCUCGCUGUACUAUUUAGGAAGCUGAAAGUUAGGAAAAUUAUAUUAAAUGUUGUGUCAUUAUUGUGGAUAAGAUCUAUUCUCUUUUACAAUACUAUUCGAUGAAGUCAUGCGAUUGAUAUACUGAAUUUUUUCUCUAAUUGUCUUAAAUUGCCGUUUUAGGAUAAUCAACUUUUCUUUUUAUCUCUCCAAGAAGUAUUAAGUAUUAAAUUUAAGCUAUACUCAAAAUAGCUUGGAUUGAAGUAUUUAAUACCUCUUGUAAAUAUCUUUUGCGACUUACAGGCAACAAAAUUUCUUGUAUUAAUCUUUUACAUUACUGCUAUUUAACUCAAUUUCUCAUGCAAAAUAUCUGUUUCGUGAUUCUUGUGUUUUUCAUUGAUAACGGAUACCAAAUAAACCUAAUUAUUUUUAGGAAUCUAAAUUAGUAUAUUUAUCUGAAUUGGAAGAAAUUUGGUCGUGAUCGCAUUUAUACCAAAAUGUUGUUAGGCUUUUCAAUCUCUUUGAUAUUUCUGUAACAUAAUAAAAUGUGUAAAUACUCUUCAUUAUUCGGGACUGCACACUCUUGCCAGCAACAAUUUCUUCCUAUAAUUUAAUCUAAUUGUGAUUGGAAGAUAUUUUAGCUGUAUAUCGUUUAUGACGGACGAGGGCUUUGGCUCGUAAAAGAUUAAUAAAGUAAGCUUUCGAGAGUUAUACAUAUUAUAUACGUAUCCUAUUCUUGUACUCUAUCAUUUUUGUACAGAAUCUAUGGUAUGCAUUAGCACCUGAAAAGAUUGUAGCAAUUAUUCAGUGUAUAGUAAUGACUUUGAUCACCGUUUAGAUAUGAUAUUUUUAUAGAGUUCGCAAGUACAAAUCUAAGAAGUGGCGAGUGUGGUACUGGCGAAUUGCUAUUGCAUUAGUUUUAAUACAGCGACAACAAACGUUCAUUAUUGAUCCAAAGUAUGGCUAGUACUGUCUGCUCAUUUGUUAUUACGUCGGUGCAUUUAAAUAAUUUGACUGAAUACCCUGUUACUAUUGCAGCCACGUUUACACAAAAGUCGUAACAAAAUAUUUGUUGGUUUCUUGCCUAGGUUUGUGUUCACAUGUUUCCCACCUUUUUUUCCACCGGACAAUUAGAUGUUUACAACGAUUGCAAAUUUUGUGUAUGCGUGGCUCCGUUAAGUUUUCAAUCAUGUCUCUGUGAUGAUGUAUUUUAUGUAUAUGACUGAAUCUUUAUUGUUGAUCGAUUUUCUCGGCAUAAUGAUCUAACAUGAAAUAGUUUCAAUGUAAAUAUUCCUAUUGCAGAUAGGCAGAUACCAAUGUUCGAUACAUUUCUGUUUUUUCAUAUAUAGGAUGUGUCUGAAAAGUCUGAUCAAACGUUUUGUUCCAUUGACUUUUUGAAAUUAAAACAAUUGAUAUCGACAUAUAUUCGAGGAAAACUUUUAUUUCGAGGUUGUAAUAUACUGUUAAUAAAUUGUUGAACGUGUAUUUUUGCAAUUGAUUUAAAUUAAAUUAAAUAAUUGUAAAUUUAGUAAAUUUAAGUUAAUUUAUUGUAAAUUAUUGUAAAUUUAACUUAAUUACUUUAAUGACAAGUCAAUUCCAGAUUUUUCAUAAACACCCUAUAUAUUUUGCACAUUAACAGGCAGUGUAAGUAGCAGCGUUAUUUAAGGUCAUUUGAGAAAAAUUGUCGCUUUAAACUUUCUAGUACGAAGUUAUUCGAUUACUGAGUUUCUCGACCGUGUAAUGUUUAUGAAUUUCUUAUAAUGGCAGGUAUUCCGUUGUGUAAUUCAUGUCAUUCGUACUAUAAAGUACAAAUACAAAUAAAGGUUGAAAAAUCCUGCAA